GAUUCAGAAUAACAGACGCAGUGAACAGAGGCCGCAUGGGGAAAGAUGGCGCCCGAUCAUAUUUCCAAAGUUAGUAACAUGACAUCCAUGACAUCAUAGUAAAAUCUGGCUGUAAAAUUUUGGCUGAAAGUUCUUGCAGUUUGAUCCCCCGCCCAAAGUCAAAGCAAGAAGUUGCCACUGCCAAAUUGAGUUGUGUUCUAUAAAUAUAAUGCACAAUUAGUGUGAAUGUGAAUUGCAUAAUGUUUGGAUUAUUAUCAAGACUCUAUCACAAUGCUUGUGAUUUUGUUGUUGGAGUUACAAUAAAUGAUGAAGCCUUACCUGCCAGGCCGAUAGCUAAUUCUUUAAAUCAUUCUGAUGCAGAAAAGCCAAAAGAAACAAGUGAUACUGCAACAAAUGCCGAAACCAUUAGAAAAGAAGAUGCUCCUAAUAUCACUGAAGCUAAAGCCACUGAAAAUGAUAUAUCCUUGAGUAAAGCAUUUGAUGGUGUUGUCACAGCCUUGUACAGUGGGAGAGGUCUAAUAGAUGAUCAUAUUUAUUUUUCCCAAGAGACUGUUGUUGGUAAUAUUAAGUUGCAAAUUGGUACAAAAGUGUCUGUUGAGGCAUCCAGAACCAAUGAACAAGGUGGCUGGGUUGCAACAAAGUUGCAAGUAUUUAAUGAAUGGAACACAGAACAAGAAGAAGUAGAAUCUGUGACUGAGAUAAAUGGAAUUAUCACAUACUUCAAAAAUGUUUCAGGACUUAUCAACAAUAAACACUCAUUUUCUAGAGCCUCGUGUCUGAAUAAUUAUUAUCCCAUGGUUAAUGAUUUUGUGUUGUGUAAAAUAAGAAACGCAAAUGGCCUGGAGAAUGAGGUAGUGGCAGUAGAACCUCUGAGAGAGAAGCAAUUUGUUGGAGUGGUAACAAGUAUCAUGAAUAGAUAUGGCUUUAUUGACGAUGACAUUUAUUUUCCAUUUGGGGCCUGCCGAGGCUACACUCCAAAGUUGAGUCAUUGGGUACUUGUGACUGCUAUUGAGUCAAACCAGAGACGUUCACAGUGGAGGGCAAUGAGAGUAGAAAAGUGCACAGAAGAUAUGAAGAAAAAGUUUGGUGGAUCUUCAAGCGAGCUAAAGGACUCUGCUUCAGGUGCAUAUAUGAGAGGACGAGGUUAUGGAUACUAUCAGCGACCUAGAGCCAGCAAUGUCAGAAAUGGCAGGGAACAAAACAUGGUGCUACCAGGCCAGAGACCUACCAGGAAGAAAAAGAUGUUUCUCCCAAAACAUUUGAAAAGCUACGAAGUUCCUCUUGACAUAAAAGACUGCAUUUUAAGUGGAAAACAGUUAGAGGAUGUUGUUCCAGAUGUUGUUUUGCCACUUUCAAUGGAGAAUCAUAGACCAAAGUUAGAUGCAUUAUUAUUUGCUGAAGAAAUUGAAAUGGAAGAAGAAAUGCGAGAGUUUGAUUUAGAGAAGGUAACCCUUCGUCAAAUGGGAGAAUAUCUGGUUUUGGCCGUCCCUGGCCUAGCUGAAGGCAGACCAUCUGUGCUUAUUGGUGAUAAAAUACUUCUUGAUAUAACUGAUUCUCCUCUUAACUCGCCAAGAUAUGAAGGCUGUGUUCACGAGGUGCGAGCAGAAGACGUUUUGUUGAAGUUCAGUCAAAGUUUUCACGACAUAUAUCGAAGUGAAGACUGCGAUGUCCAGUUUUUCUUCAACAGAACAACCAUAAGAAGAUGUCAUCAAGCAGUGGAAUAUGGAGCUGAGCUCGGCAAAGAAGUUCUAUUUCCAACUGUUUUGAAUAAAAAGCCCCCGCUGACACAAAAUGUUCGAUCACGAAGGCAAACAGAACUGGUUUUUUACAACAAACAUUUGAAUCAAAGACAGCAGGCAGCAGUCAGACGAAUAGUUGCAGCUCAAGGUAGACCAACUCCUUACCUUCUUUUUGGUCCACCUGGUACCGGAAAGACGGUGACGCUUGUUGAGGCCAUUCUUCAGAUCAACAAGACGCUGCGCUUCUCCCGUAUACUUGCCUGUGCCCCUUCCAACAGUGCAUCAGAUCUAAUCGCCCAGCGGCUAGUAGAGAGCAAGCAAUUUUCGAAGGGUGAGCUGAUUCGUUUGAAUGCGUUUCAACGAAGUCAGGAAAUCCCUGAAUUGAUUGAAGAUUACUGCACGAAUGACACGGAUGAUAUCAUGCUCACGUGCCGUUAUCGUGUGAUCGUGUGCACCUGUUCCAUGGCCGGGAUUUUAUACUGUGCUGGCUUGCAAUCUGGCCACUUCACGCAUGUUUUUGUUGAUGAAGCAGGACAAUGUACCGAACCAGAGUGUCUAGUGGCAGCUGGUAUGUUGGCUGGGAAUGAAGAUGGACAGAUGGUCUUGGCUGGUGACCCUUUUCAGUUAGGCCCAGUUUUGCAAUCCGGCAUAUCCCUUCGGUUUGGCCUUGGAACAUCGAUGUUGGAAAGGCUGAUCUCGAGGUCACUGUAUGCGCGAAACGAAAUAGAGUUUGCUGACGAUGGCUGCUAUAAUCCUUUACUCGUCACAAAGCUUGUCAAUAAUUACAGGUCCCACGAGUCGCUGCUAAACCUUUCGUCCACGUUGUUCUAUCACGGUGAGCUGCGGCCGUUUGCCAAACCAGAACUGAUCAACUCGUUUAUUGAUGCUGAUUUUCUUCCCAAUAAAAAGUUCCCACUAAUUUUCCAUGGGGUCCGGGGAGAAGACAUGAGAGAAGGGAACAGUCCUUCGUGGUUCAACCCAGCUGAAGUCUUAAAAGUAAUGAAGUAUGUUCAACAUGUAAUCAGCCAGCCUGGCAAAGACGUUUCCCUUGAUGAAAUUGGUAUAAUAACGCCAUACAGAAAACAGGUCGAAAAGAUCAGGCUAGUUUUGGAGAGUGUCAAUUUACAAGGAAUUAAAGUUGGGUCCGUGGAAGAAUUUCAAGGGCAAGAGAGGCAAAUUAUCAUUAUUUCAACGGUCCGUUCAAACGAGUCGUUUGUAACCUUUGAUCAAAGACACGCUCUAGGCUUCCUCAGCAAUCCAAAGAGAUUCAAUGUAGCGAUCACAAGGGCACAAGCAUUGUUAAUCGUCAUUGGAAAUCCACAUAUUCUCUGCCGGGACCCAUACUGGUGCUCAUUGGUUCAGUACAGCGUGGCGAAUUCUGCAUUCACUGGUUGUGAGCUCCCUUCCUUGGUUGACCCUAAUAUAAAGGAUAGUUUCGAUACAGCUCUUACAAUGCUAGGUGUUGCUCCGAAUAAUACAGAUGAAGUACCGGAUAGUGCAAACGUGACCGGGGAAAAAGUAGUACCGGAUUCGUUAGAUGAAAACCGGGAUGAUCCGACUGCUUCAAGGUAUAAUCGGAGUGGCCUAAAAUUUGAUAAUGAAUCUGAAGAUUCUUGGACAUGACAAGAAGCUGGAAGACCUGCUAGUGUAUUAUUAACUGUGAGUGAAUUUUGUGGAUGUCUUGGUGACAAGGCAAUAAACAUAGAACCAAAAUACCGAUAAACAUAAAGAACAUUAAAAGGUUGACAAGUUUUGUACAGAAAUGGUAAGUUAUGCUAUUUCAAAACGCAUAGGUUUUUGUUAGUUAUUAAAAAUCGUUCUGUUUUUGAGCUCUCGUUUGGUUUAUAAACGCAAGCUAGAUUUUUCUAAAUAUGAAGAUAUAAGUUUUUUACUCUAAGUUUUUUAGCCUCUAAGUUUUUAAAAGAAUUUUUUAGGUCUUCAUAAUAUCAUUUAACCCCCUAGACAAGAGUUAUUUUUCAGGCUUUAGUUGAAUAUAAAAUUUAUGGCUACUGGUUUGUAGCAGUUUGUAUGUUGGUUGAUACGCGUUCCAGUCUGAAGUUGAGAAAAUGAAAUUUGAAGGUCAGAGAGUUCCAUUUUAGGCAUUCACGAUGUGCGAUUUCCAUGAUUCUCCUUAUGAUAAAUUUGGUGAUAGGUAUAAACACCCAGCCAUUGUUGUUUUCUCUACCCUAUUUUGCCCCCUAAAUACCCCUACCCUUCAACUAUUUCUCAGAUAUCUACUGAAAACAAAAAUCUCAUUCUAAACUUUCUAAGAAGUUUGCAAACAUUUAUCAACCAAAAAUACCCCGUGUCUGUAGGUAUUUCAUAUUCGUUAAGAAUGCCAAAACGUUUUAGAAAUAAAUAGUUCUACAGUAAUAUUCUACAGUAAGUGCAAGGUUUGAAAUUUUUGAGGGAUUUUUUUAUCUUGAGGAUGGUUUCGUUCGAACUCAAUGUAUUUGAGAUUCGAUAUUUAGAUGUAUAUAUAAAACUAGGUUAAUUAAAAAUAAAUCUAUUUAGUUCAUUAUGAAAUAAAUGUUAUGUUAUAUGAAGAGUUCUUGUAGACAUAGAAUUGGGUUUAGUAUGGUUCAUACGCAAAUGUUGAACUUUAAUUGUUAUGUUAAUGUUUCCAAUUUUCAGAAGAA